AGGGUUCCAAGGGAGACUGUGGAGCGACCAGCGGCGGCGGCUGACCAGACGGAAUCGGAGGCGUGGAAGCCGAGACUCGGGAGUCUUGAAGGGAACCCAGUGAUAAAGCCUGCAUAUUUAGCCUUUGACAUCUCAGUGCCUGCAAAAAGCUAAGAUGUGAGGAGUGUCUGAAACAGAAGAAAUAUAUACAGCGACCCUCUUGUGAAGGUGGCAGUCUUGAAUUUAUUCUCAAGGCAGAACUGAAAGUCAGAGUGGAAGCUGCAGAGAAGCACAUUUGGACUCCUUGUAAGGAGAACUUAAUAAUAAUGAAAGCUCUCUAGGAGGGGAAUAGGCUGCCUGCCGAGGAAGUCAGUGUCCCAGUGCUGGCGGUCGAGAGAAAGCUGAAUGCCUGGCCAGGAUAUUCUAGAAGUGAUUUCUACUCAGCUGUCCUAUGACGAUAGCAAGCUUCUGCCUGUUUCCUGCGGUUGUCACCCUGCUCUUCUGUAAACUGUCACCAUGACUUUGACAAAAGGCUCCUUCACCUACUCCAGCGGGGAGGAAUAUCGUGGCGAGUGGAAGGAGGGCCGCAGGCAUGGCAUUGGUCAACUGAUGUUUGCAGAUGGUGGCACCUACCUGGGUCAUUUUGAGAAUGGACUCUUUAAUGGCUUUGGGGUACUGACUUUCUCAGAUGGUUCAAGAUAUGAGGGGGAGUUUGCCCAAGGAAAGUUCAACGGUGUUGGAGUUUUUAUUCGCCAUGACAACAUGACCUUUGAGGGAGAAUUCAAGAGUGGCAGAGUAGAUGGUUUUGGCCUGCUGACUUUCCCUGAUGGUUCUCAUGGAGUUCCUCGAAAUGAAGGUCUGUUUGAGAAUAAUAAGUUGCUACGGCGAGAAAAGUGUUCUGCAGUGAUCCAGCGGGCCCAGAGGGCUUCCGAGUCGGCCCGGAACCUCCCAGUGUGACAGGGGAUGCCAUGGCCCUGCCAGCAGGAGGACUGAGCAGACGAUCGCCUCUGUUCAUUCACUGAGGGUGAAGCAAUGAACCAGACCCAAGAUUCUUUGAGUUACAAACACCAACCAGUUGCCUUCUAACACCUCCCUUUGUCUGCCAAUCAAGAGUUAGGUUGUGAAUUGGGGUCCCUGACAGGUCCUAGUGAACAGGGAGCAGCUGAUUUCAGUUUUGCCUUGGCCCUCCCCCUUGUCUGCUGCUGCUCAGACCAGCUGCCUUUAUCCACGCCCUGGAACUCUCCAUCCCUAAAUCCCUGCAGGGCCCCCAGCCCCGCUGCCUUCUCCAUCCCGGGGCCAUGGUUGCCGGCAGUGUCCUUAGUGCCCCACCUCCUUUGAGAGAGGUGAACCAACAGCCACCCCUCAGCAGUGGCUCAUACCUGGGGCUUCCUUGGGGAGGGAAGAUAAUGGAUCACCUAGGGGACUGGGGAGAAGGCAUGCAACAGGUGUCUAAGAGUCCAGCCUGGAGAUUUUUUCUUAGGUUACCUUCUUUCAUUAUUGUUUGGAAUAUCACGUGAACUGGGCAGUCCUCUUUCUCAGUCCUUGGAUGAUGUAAUGGGUCUUCAUGUGUCCUUGACUUAACAGUGUAACUACAUUACACAAAAAGACUCCAUUUUUACAUCUCAUUUUUAUGUCCCUUCAUUGCUGUUCUGAUAUGGAUAAGAAAGUGAGUGAAAAAAACAACAACCCACUAUCUUAAAAAGCAGAGAACAGGGAUGUCCAGGCCCACUAACAGUGGGUGAAGACCAGAACCGACUUAGUCUUCCUUAAGACUGGAAAGGAACUGGGUCUGCUGGGCUCCUUCUUGUGGACCAUCUGGCCAGACUACAGGCAGCUUUCUGCAAUUGGACAAAGGUGGCCAGUCAGGAAUACACUGAGCUAAUUACUCUUUGAUGGACUAUAUCCAGGUCACCAUAACUUCUUUGUCACCAGCCCUGGACAUUAGGCCUGGAGACGAAAACUACUCAUUAGCAUCAUACCCAGCUCAUUCAGAAACUUUGUUUCCCUCAGACUUGAACACACCAUACUUCAUGUUAUUCUCACAUUGAAUGUUUCAUCUGCAGCAGAUUUUGGUGGAAAUGUUAGCUGUGUGCCUCUUUCAUCUCUGGAUUAUACCGUUGAAAUAAAAGUGUUUAUAAGGAA